CUCUCGGGGGGCGGGCCCUGAGCGGGCACCUCCUCUUUCCGAACCCUCGAGAGGCAGCCUUCUGGCGCACACGUCUCGUUCAGCUUCUCUUCCCGCCCUCCAAGAUCAAAAUCGAGAAUCGAAACUGAGCUGGAGUCCAUGCAGCAGGAGCCUGCACCCGCCAGAUCUCCGGGGUCCCAGCAGGAUCCCGCGCUGCCCCACACGCCCACCAUGCCUCCCCCGGAGUCCCUCUCGGAAGACCACCAGCCCAGCCCCAGCCACUGCCCCACAGAGCAAGCCACGGAGGAGGAGUUCCAGUUCCUGCGCUGCCAGGGCUGCAAGGCCGAAGCCAAGUGCCCUAAGCUGCUGCCUUGUCUGCACACGCUGUGCUCAGGAUGCCUGGAGGCGCCGGGCACGCAGUGCCCCAUCUGCCAGGCGACCCAGCCCCCAGGCGCUGACGCGCGGGCCCUGGAUAACGUCUUCUUCGAGAGUCUGCAGCGGCGCCUGUCGGUGUACCGGCAGAUCGUGGACGCGCAGGCCGUUUGCACCCGCUGCAAAGAGCCGGCCGACUUCUGGUGCUUCGAGUGCGAGCAGCUCCUCUGCGCCAAGUGCUUUGAGGCGCACCAGUGGUUCCUCAAGCACGAGGCCCGACGCCUGGCAGAGCUCCGCAGCCAGUCGGUGCGCGAGUUCCUGGACGGCACGCGCAAGUCCAACAACAUCUUCUGCUCCAACCCCAACCACCGCACCCCUACGCUGACUAGCAUCUACUGCCGAGGCUGCUCCAAGCCGCUGUGCUGCUCGUGCGCGCUGCUGGAUAGCGGCCACAGCGAGCUCAAGUGCGACAUCAGCACGGAGAUCCAGCAGCGGCAGGACGAGCUGGACGCCAUGACCCAAGCGCUGCAGGAGCAGGACCGCGCUUUUGAUGCGGCGCAGGCGCAGAUGAGCUCGGCCGUCAGCCAGCUGGGCCGCGUGCGCGCCGAAACCGAGGAGCUGAUCCGCGCGCGCGUGCGCCAGGUAGUAGCGCACGUGCGGGAGCAGGAGCGCGAGCUGUUGGAGGCGGUGAACGAGCGGUACCAGCGCGACUACGAAGAGAUAGCGGGCCAGCUGAGCCGCCUGGAUGCAGUGCUGCAGCGCAUCCGCAUGGGCGGCGCGCUCGUGCAGAGGAUGAAGCGCUAUGCCUCGGACCAGGAGGUGCUGGACAUGCACGGCUUCCUGAGCGAGGCGCUCGGCCGUCUGCGCCAGGAGGAGCCCCGGAGCCUGCAGGCCGCCGUGCGCACCGACAGCUUCGACGAAUUCAAGGUGCGCCUGCAGGACCUCAUCUCUUGCAUCACCCAGGGGACAGAUGCAGCUGUACCCAAGAGAACCAGCCCAGAGGCUGCCAGCACUCGCAGGGACCCUUCUGACGUUGACCUGCCAGAGGAGGUGCAGAGGGCUCAGGCGCCGGCCCCGGGGCUGGCCGAGGCCCUGGCUGAGACCCAACCUGUGGCUGUGGUACAGGCGGUGCCUGGAGCACACCCUGUGCCAGUGUACGCCUACUCCAUCAAAGACCCCUCCGACAGAGAGGAGGUCUCCAGUGCAGCCACACCGCAGAAGAGGAAGUCCUGCCAGACCGAGUGCCCCAGGAAGGUCAUCAAGAUGGAGUCUGAGGAGAGAGAGGCAAGGUUGGCCCGGAGCUCCCCCGAGCAGCCCAGGCCCAGCACCUCCAGGGCAGUCUCGCCACCCCACCUGGACAAGCCUCCCAGCCCCAAGAGCCCCAUCGUAGGAAAUGAGGUCUUCCUGCCCAACAGCAACCACACAACCAGCGACCCUGCGGAGGCAGAGGAACGCAUCGUGGUGAUCAGCAGCUCAGAAGACUCAGAUGCCGAAAACUCGCGCGUGGAGCCCAUGGAGAGCGAUGCGCCACACUCCUCGCCAGCCCAGCCACUGCGGAGAGCGCAAGGAGCGUCCCACCCCUGCCGGCGUUUCACCCGUCUGCUACAUGGCACAUGCCGCCCCCUGGCUUGGCCUCUCCACCCUCCCAUCGAGCAAGCUGCUGUCCCUGAUGCUGAAUGUCCCAACCAGACUGCCGGUCACCAGGAGCAUGCUGCUGUCCACCGUGGGAUCAGCUCCCUGUCACGCAGAACACCAAGAAGUACCCACCUUCGCCGCUCAUUAGGCUUGCCCCUCGAAGUCUAUUGUACCCCCAAGAGGACUUUCCUUCCCCUCACGGUCCAAGUCACUACCCCUGCCACCACGGGGCCUCCCAACCAUCGUGCCAAUCCCCAAGAGUGUCCCACUCGCCUCCAAAGGGCAAGCGGGCAACCCCGCUGGGCGAGAGGCGCAGUACUAUCCCGAGGCCGCUCCCUCCGCGGCUUCCCCCAUGUACAGUGGCUUAACAACUUCUUUGCCCUUCCUCUGUCGUCUGUGGCUCCCCAGCUUGAUGCCUCUCUCAGGGGGGGUGUUGGGGGAGGAAGAGCACCCCAGACUCUUGGGGCAGGAGUCUCCCCCAGGGAUUCUGACAGAGCCCCCAUGGAGAAUCCCCAAGUCCAGGUCCCAGUGGAAGUCCCUCCAAUUGCAUUCCUACCACCCCACCCUCCAGAAAGGUCCCCCACCAGCCUGGCCCCCCUCAGACAAGCCUCUGAGAGUCCCUAGUGCCUCCCUUUUCUACAGCUGCUGGCCACCACCCUCUUGUAACCUGUGGCCGAACACCCAUGACCUGCUCCCUGAGCCUCCAUCCCACUGCCUGGCCCAGCCCACACACUAAAGGUCCUGCACACAAUAGGCAUUCAAUACAUCUUGGUCAAGGAGUAAACCAAGGAAUGAAUGGCUACAUGGACUCUGGGCAGGAAGACUUAAGUCCUCUUCAGCCAAGAGGACAUGACUGGGAUUCAGGCCAUCAUUUCACACAUCCUUGGGCCUCUUUGCCCAAGAAAAAGAAGCUUCUCUCGCCCUUUGCACCUCCCACUGCCCCAUACCCCCACCCCAAGCCUUUCCACUAGGCCUCUGCCAGGAUCUGAGCCCAUGAGGGCGGGGACUGUGUCCAUCCCAGGACCUGGCAGAUGUGGCUGCUCAAUAAAUAUUUGUUGAAAGAUACCCUUGCAAACCCUUCUUCCAUGACCAUCAACUUCCCUGCUGGACUUAGCUCUUCCCUGCAGGUGGCUUUGUUUCCUCCCUGCACUGAAACUCGGUUCUCCUGUGGGGAAACUGUCUCCUCUUUCUCUCACACCCUAUGAGCAUCAGAAGUGGGAGGUGGGGACAAGGCCCUCGGUGCCUCCUGGACUGUUUCAGUCCCACCAUCUGGUAAGAUCCCUCUGCCUUUGAGGUUCCAGGUCUCCAGGUGAGCCCCACUUUCUCCAGCCCCUCUCAGACAUCCUCCUGCCUCACCCCACAUAGGGAAGAGCCCGGGACCUGCCUCCUAGGUUUCCUGUCCCCACGUAGGUCCAGCCUUCUUCCUGGGUGACUCCAGCACCCACCACCCUUGCCUCUCCACUCCUUGACCUCUUGGGGUCUUCACCCCAUUCCACUGCAGCUGCCAACUACGUGUCUGCACCCUGGACCUCACCAUCACCGGGAAUUGGCCCACUGAGACUCUGACCACAGCCUCC